AUGGGUAGAAUGGGUAUGGGGCAGAAGUGGAUCGAUUGGAUCAAAUUCUGUGUGUCGACACCCAAAUUCUCUAUAAUUGUGAAUGGAAGUCCAAAAGGAUUUUUUGAAAGCUCAAGGGGGAUUAGGCAGGGUGAUCCUUUGUCUCUAUUCCUAUUCGUCAUUGUUAUGGAAGCUUUUUCAAGAAUGAUGGUUUUCGCUGAGAAUGCUAACCUCAUUAGAGGUGUGGAUUGUGGGGUGAGGAGGUCUCCGUUUGUUAUUUCUCACUUGAUUUUCGCGGAUGAUACCUUAUACAUGAUUCAAGCUACCCGCCGAAACUUCAAGCAUCUUCGCAACAUUCUCUGGUUUUUUGGAGGUUGUUCUAGAUUACGGGUUAACCUUAGUAAGUCUGAGAUUUUUUUCUCAAACUCAGUCUCCAACCGUAGGAAAAUGGCUCUUGCGAGUAUCUUGGGAUUCGAAGUGGGGUCUUUUCCUUCAGCUUAUCUUGGGAUGCCUUUAGGUGUUAAAGCCCACUCCAAAGCUUUCUGGGAUUCGACAAUUGCGAAAAUGGAAAGAAAGUUACCAAUUUGGAAGAGCAAGAUGAUUUCAAAAGGUGGACGUCUUAUUCUCAUCAAAAGUGCUCUAGCAUCUAUGCCCACAUACAUGAUGUCCUUAUUCCUUAUGCCUAAAAGUGUGACUGUGAAGAUGGAAAGAAUUAUUUGUAAAUUUCUUUGGGGAUCUUCUGAGUCAUCCUUCUGUCAUUUGGUUAGGUGGGAUAAAGUGAAGAAGUUUAAAGAUUAA